AUGUACUCCCCCUUUAAGGUGGUCUUGCCAAUGCGUGUCGCCACAGAGCUGCAAGGAAAGAGAGAGGUUAUUCUCUUUUCUUACCGUACGUAUGAUGUUGAUGAGCUUAAUGUUUGGAUUGAAACAGACGGAACCAUAAGUUUGUAUCUUAGUAGUUCUAGUGAGGGAGUGCGUUUUAACUUGCCGUCUCUUACAUUCGGGACUCACCUGUGCUUCACCUGGAGCUCAUCGACUGGUCUCACUGCCGCUUGGAUGAAUGGACAACGCACUAUUUACCAGAUAUACAGAAAAGGUCACACCAUUCGUCCCGGUGGCACGGUGUUGCUCGGUCAGGAUCCUGAAUCAUUUCUGGGUGAUUUUGAUACAGAGCAGAGCUUUGUUGGUGAAAUUACAGAUGUGAACUUGUGGGAUGGGGUUCUCACUGCGGAUGAGAUCAAGGGAUUAUAUUCACACAGCACCGUAAAAGUGCCAAAUGUAAUUAAUUGGGUCACAGCUGAAUUUGACAAAUAUGGCACUGUGGUUGUGAUACAAGAUGAUUUUUCAUUCAACACUCAGAUGUCUUUCAAUGAAUAUGAUAAACAGACUUAAAACAGAUCAAGAGUCAAAUGAAUUAACUAAUAAAUCUUUC